ACUCUUAAAUUUCGACCGUUGAUUUAAACACCAAACCCUCUUCAAGACUCUUCUACUCCCCAACGGUCUUCUUCUUCUUCGCUCUACUCAAAGAUUCAAACUUUCACUUCCAAUCUUCUCCGAUCACUCUUCAAUUAUGGCCACCGUAACACGCCCCAAAUCCUCGUCGGAAAAGCAAAACUGGGAGCACAUAUUCAACGCCAUGGUCAAGAUUCUACAGGAGCAGCAGUCACAGCUGGAGACCAUGGCCAAAGAGCGCAAAAUGCUCGCGGAUCGCAUCCAAACCGAACACGACAAGUGGGCCUUCAACGUUAGAUUGUUGCAGGAUCAAAUUGCCCAGUUGGAGGCGGAUUUGGUUAUGCAAGAGAAGAGUGGUGUGAUUGAGGUGGCUAAGUUGGAGUUGCUUCUGGGCUUGAAGGAAAGAGAGGCUCUUUUCGUCAAAUUUCAAAAAGAGGAUACACAGAAGGACUUGGACGAUUUUGUAACAUGGGUCAAAUUACACGCCGAAGGCUCUUGUGAUCCAAAGGUUGGCGGGGAGAGCAGUAAACGAAAAGGGAGAAAUGAUAGCAAUAAACAGUUGUCGAAAAGUGUUACAGAAGAAAAGCGGCUUUCUAGAGGUUUGGAUGAUGAACUAAAGAAGUUGCAGGGGGAAUAUGAUAAGCUUGCUUCAAAAAAGAAAACUGAGACUAUGCUGGGAAAUUAA